AAACGGAGCAAACCUGUGAUUUCUAACAGUGCGAAGUUAUUAAGCGCACGCCUGCCUGCACAAAGCGGACUUUACAGUAGCCAUUCUGUCAGUGCAGCUGGAAAAUCUACUCCCCCACUGCAUAUGUACAUGACAAUAACGCGGUUGUAGCCUGCGAGAUAAGGGUCUGAAGAAGAUUUUUCUUGCAUCUGAGCUUCCCGUUGAGCGCCUUAUUUCCAUUGGUUACAGGGUGAUCUGGAAAUCUUCACCACUGAUAAAUUCCGAAGUUCCCGCUGUUUUUGUAGUGAUUCUUGCCUUCUAUCAAAAUAAACAAAAUGCGUUUCUCAGUAUUUUCGAUUCUGGCUCUUUUGGGAUCGCUAUCCUUCGCUGCGUCAGCUGAUUAUCAUUACCGAGCCAAGCGGCAAAACGACGGUUUAACCAGCAUGUUAAUAAAUGCUGUCAAGGCUUUCAUACUCGGUGGCGGAGUGGAAACCAUUAAAGGAAAUUCAGAUAAAAUGGGAGCGCUGCAAUCCUUUGUGUCGAACUAUGCCGUUCGGAGUGUUUUGGGUGAGGGCAUUGUUGGCCAAGUUUUAGGGCGGGCUAUUGGUGUAAACAAGCAACCAACGUCCAGUGGAUCUGGAGGCGGCGGAAUAUUAAGCAAACUGAUGGGAAUGAAUAAAGGCUCUAACACUGACAGCAGCAGCAGUGGCUCGGAGCACGGAUCCGACUCUAACUCGGGUUCCGGAUCAAGCUCCGGAUCUGGGAAGGGAAUGCUAGGAAAACUUGUUGGAGCGGUCAUGAACAGAGGUUCUUCAGGAAGCGGUUCUUCGAAUUCUGGGGGCGAAGGGAGCCAGUCGUCAAGCAGCAACUCCGGCAUGCUAGCGUCGCUGGCUGCAAAAUUUCUUGGAUAAUUUAAUUGUUUAAAGCAUUGUUUUAUGAAAACAUCGAUUUAAUAUGGUAUCAUGCCAGUGUCAGAAGCGAACGAUUUUACAGUAUUGCAGAGAUUACCGUUGACAAGUUGCUCGAUGUUGAUAAGCAUUGGCUUUUGCGAAACGCUGUAAGUUAGCACGUAAAUCGUCUCCAGUUUUUAAAUUCGAGUAAAUACGAUUAAAUUACGAGAGUCUG